AUGAGUGAGCUGUUUGCAAUCUAUUUCAAACCAAAGGAGGUGUUGUUGACAUUGCUCCACACAGAUGAUCAUUACUCGUUGCAAUCCGAGGUCAAGAGUUGGGACAAUGUUCAAACACCGGAUUCAACCACUGUCAUUGAUGAGUUGCCGUCUUUCCUCCUGGAGGGCGAGGUUUUUGUAGUGGACUCAGUCAAUUCAGGAAAGGGCAGAGCAAACGAAACAAACUUGUACUCGGCCAUCGUCGCCCCCUUGUUGGAACGGUUAGAGAUCAACCAUACUUAUAUCGAGACCACGUCUGCCAGCUCAAUCACCGAGUUCGCGCAGAACUUCAACACACCGGAUGCGAAAAUCAUAUUUCUCAGCGGUGACACCUCAAUCAACGAGUUCAUCAACGGCUUAACUUUGCAGAAAAAAAGCCAGUCCCAGUCGCAGAGCGCAAAGUCCAUAUACUUGUAUCCAAUCCCGCUAGGAACCGGGAACAGCUUUGCGUUAUCGUUGGACCUAACUAGCCCCUUGCAGUCGGUUUCACGUCUUCUUGCAAGCAAACAAGCAUCCCCGCUCCACUUGUACAACUUGUCGCUCCCGCAGGGCUCGUUCCAUUUGGUGCAAAACUCAGCAGGAGACGUGGUGGAGUCGGCGGACUUGAAGUUCAUAGUUGUGUUUUCAUGGGCAUUCCACGCGAGUCUAGUUGCCGAUAGCGAUACUCCAGAGUUGCGCAAGCACGGGUUGGAGAGAUUCCAGAUUGCCGCUCGCAACAACUUGAGCCGGACUCAGGAAUACGAGGGGGACAUCAUCAUCACCAAUGCUAAAAGUGGGGGGAAAGAUGUCAUUGAAGGGCCAUUUGCGUAUUUCUUGUUGACGCCGUCGACGCGAUUCGAGCCUACGUUUGAUAUAUCGCCCAAGGGGAACAUAUUCGAUACCAAUUUGUAUUUGGUUGCGUUUAGGACGCAGCGGAAUCACGACAGCUAUAUCAUGGACAUCAUGAUGCAGGCAUACGACAAGGGUAAACACACUGAGAACCCCGACGUGAUUUACAGGCGGAUCAACAGAGACGAGCAGGUGACGUUGCUCACAAAGAACUCGCAAGAGUUGCAGCAAAGAAGAUUUUGCGUGGACGGGAGCAUCAUUGCACUUCCAAACGUGAGCAGUCACAAGAUAGACGUACAAGCUGCUGGAAACACGGUAUCUGGAUACGAACUUUUCGUCAUCCAUUAG